UUAUAAUUUAAAGGAUUUGUUCUUUUUUUACAGGUGAAGAUGGAGCUGGGAAAACAAGCUUAAUAAGAAAAAUUCAGGGAAUAGAGGAGUACAAGAAAGGAAGAGGAUUGGAAUAUUUGUACUUAAAUGUUCAUGAUGAAGACAGGGAUGAUCACUUGCCUUCUCAUUUUUAUAUAUAAUAUCUUGAAUAUGCAUGGCUCUAUCUGCUGAUGAUCAAACAAGAUGUAAUGUGUGGAUCUUAGAUGGAGAUCUGUAUCACAAGGGCCUCCUUAAAUUUUCACUGGAUGCCAUUUCUCUGAAGGACACUCUAAUUAUGCUGGUUGUUGAUAUGUCAAAGCCUUGGACUGCUUUGGAUUCUUUACAGAAAUGGGCAAGUGUUGUUAGAGAACAUAUUGACAAAUUGAAAAUUCCUCCUGAAGAAAUGAAAGAAAUGGAACAAAAGUUGAUUAGAGACUUUCAAGAAUAUGUAGAGCCAGGAGAAGAUUUCCCAGCUUCUCCUCAGAGAAGAAAUACCAUGUCACAGGAAGACAAAGACGACAGUGUGGUUUUACCCCUGGGUGCGGAUACACUUACACACAACUUGGGCAUUCCAGUACUAGUAGUUUGCACAAAGUGUGAUGCCAUUAGUGUAUUGGAGAAAGAACAUGACUACAAAGAUGAACAUUUUGAUUUUAUUCAGUCACAUAUCCGGAAGUUUUGUUUACAGUAUGGUGCAGCACUUAUUUACACUUCAGUAAAAGAAAACAAAAAUACAGAUUUAGUAUAUAAAUACAUCGUUCAGAAACUAUAUGGAUUUCCGUAUAAGAUUCCUGCUGUUGUGGUGGAAAAAGAUGCAGUAUUUAUUCCAGCUGGGUGGGAUAAUGAUAAGAAAAUAGGAAUAUUACACGAAAAUUUUCAAACAUUAAAAGCAGAAGAUAAUUUUGAAGACAUUAUAACUAAACCACCUGUUCGAAAGUUUGUGCAUGAGAAGGAAAUUAUGGCAGAAGAUGACCAAGUAUUUCUUAUGAAGCUACAGACCCUUUUAGCAAAGCAACCACCAACUGCAGCUGGGCGGCCUGUGGAUGCUUCACCAAGAGUCCCAGGAGGCUCCCCUCGAACACCAAACAGAUCAGUGUCAUCCAAUGUUGCCAGCGUGUCACCCAUCCCUGCUGGGUCAAAAAAAAUUGAUCCAAACAUGAAAGCUGGAGCUACAAGUGAAGGUGUCCUGGCCAAUUUCUUCAAUAGUUUGCUGAGUAAAAAGACUGGUUCUCCGGGAGGCCCCAGUGUUGGUGGUGGCAGCCCUGGAACUGGGGCUGGAGGUGGAAGCAGUGGUUUACCACCAUCUGCCAAAAAGUCAGGCCAGAAGCCUGUCCUAUCAGAUGUUCAUGCGGAACUGGACAGAAUUACACGAAAACCAGUCACAGUUUCUCCUACAUCACCAACAUCUCCUACGGAAGGAGAAGCUUCUUGAAGAUACCAAAUAAAGCCAUUUAUUCAGUUUUCUGGGAUAAUGUAAACUUGCCUCUGCCUUUUCCUUCAAGAGUGGAAUUAGGGAGCUGCAGUGCUUUGUCAGAUGGACUAAACUUAUCUUUUUUUUUUUGUGGUUGCCCAUUUUUAUAAAAGGAAGCUAUACAGAAGAAAAAUGAUUCUUCACUAUGUAGGAUUGCUAUUUGCAUUGCCACUUUGCAUAAGGAAGUAAGUUUGGAUUUUGAAAACCUCAAAAUUUAUAGAUCUGAAAUUAAACCAUGUGAUCAUAUUCUAAAGGCUACUUAAAACAUACAGGAAGGUUUAGGGAAGGGCAGAAAACAAUAUGCUUUGGACAUUUGACUGACUUGGAAGUCCAAGCUUAUUUUAGUUAAGACUAUACAAAAUCAUUUUUUAAAAUUAUGUGUUAGUUUUACUGGAAAAAAGAAGAUGAUUAUCAAAUUUUCCACACCAACAUAAAUAUACCACCACAAAUGGAAUAUGCUGAGAAAACUAUCAGAUAGCAUUUGAUACACUAGUCAUUGUCUAAAUCAAUGAUCCUAUAAGUUGUUAUCAAAAUAUAAUUUAAAAUAUUGGUCAAGAUUCAUUUCUGUGAGAAGAAAAGAAAGCACACUGCCUAAAUGUGUAAAAGAAAAAUGCAGAGGUUAUUAAUGUAAAGCGGUAACAGUCUUUGGAUUUGUCUAUAUAUAUAUGUCAUAUAUAUGUAUGUCAUAUAUAUAUGUAUAUAUAUAUGGCUCUGCCUUAAUACACCCCUUUUUUGUUUGUGACUUUCAAUUGUAAUCAGUUAAUAAAGUAUUUAUUCUCUGCAUUCAGGUUCAAA